GCGACGUCAAUCUCACCACGCUUGGAGAGCUAUUUUAUCAUACGUCUUAACCAAAAAGGUGCAGUAUUAGACUGAAUACCAGAAAUAACCUCGUGUUGUACAAAUCGUUCGGGAAAUAUUGAAAAAAAAAAACCGUUUCUGUUUUAUCUACGUUACAAAUAAAUAAUCCAUAAAAUUAGAGAACGAAUAGAGUGAAUCAAUCCCUACGAGAGUUAUUGAUAAGGGAGAGUUAGACCGAUUGGAAAAAGGGGUAGUUCACUGAACCACAAAUGAGAACGUCGACAGCGGAUAUGGAAAACUGUAUCAUGGACACCACGGAUAGGCUAUCGGCUCUCAGCAUCGUGAUUGAUGACUUCGACUCAUCGAAACAUCCCAACAACACGGAAGUUCCAGAAACAGGCACGACCGUAUCUGCCGUUCAUCAACACCAACCCACCUCUAUAAACAUGCAAAGGUCUUAUAAUAAUAGACUGUCAACAAACGAUUCUAUUAGGAGCAUCUUGGAAGAAGCUGAAAGACGAAAACACGAAUUUUGGAAGUUGAUUGAAGAACAUAACGCUCUUAUCCAGUAUUUGAAAAGGAUAGAACAGCUCGAGCACAACAAUUCACUCAGAAAGACGGCAGCAAUUAGUACCUGAAUUAUAGGGGAAAAUCAUUCAUUAUUUAAAUAUUUGGUUAAGACUGCAACAUGGGAAAGACACACUUUGA